AUACUAAGAAAACUAUGCUAGGCAGCCAAGCAUUUUAAAGCCACACCUAAAUCAUUCACUCCUUGGAUUUUAUGUUUACUUACUACUUACUACUUACUACUUAACCUACUUACAUACCCUUCGAUUUCCCCUUCCCCAUUUUCUUCUUCUCUUUCUUCCUCCCCUCUUCCUCUUCCUCUUCCACUUCCUCUUCCUCUUCCUCUUCCUCUUCCUCUUCCUCAAGCAAUUUAAUUAUCGAAAAUCAUUUGAUCUUUGACCAAUCUCGCCUCAUACAAUCAAAAGUGGUGGGUGGUACUGUACAAUUCUCACGAUAGAUAUCACCUCAUGAGGACACGAUAAAUGUCAGGAGUUUAAAACGGAAGAAAUCGAGAAAACUGUGAGAAAGGGAAAUAAAACGGUAAGAAUGAAUUGUAAUUUUCGUGGGUUCGCUCGGACUGAUUCUCAAUAAAGUCUUCAAAAGGUCAAAAGUGACAUCAUUAUCAUCAUGCCGAAACAUCCAACCAAAAAUGAACAAAUCACCCAACUUCGCGCUCAGCUUGAGGAAGAAAGGAAAGCAAGUGUUACUCUUCGCCAGACGGUCAAUGCUCAAUUAGUUACUAUUGAUGGUACGGUCGGAAAAUUGAAAGCUGCAGAAGAAAAACUGAUUCAAGCGAAAUCUACCUCAAUUUUCAUGAAAAAAGUUCCUGUAGAGCUUCGUCUCAGGAUCUACAAACUACUUCUGACCAAUCCUAAACUAAGCAAAAUCGAAUCCAUCGGUAAGACGGCCGAUUAUGGGAAGGCUGUCAAGUUCGAACUCGCGCCAGCUAUCUUACGUACCUGUAAAGUUAUUCGAGACGAAGCGGAACCAAUUCUCUACGGCUCAAACACUUUCAUCCUUGAAUGCAUUGGUGGUUAUGGUCCGAUUGGUUCCAUCCAUGUCCCACAAUCACCACUCACGAGAUAUGACGGUCCUCGUUCGGAUGAUUUCAAUGAUGUUGAUAGUGAUACAGAGGAUGAGACGGAACGUAAUUUGAUGGGACAUUCGGGAACUGAGUUUCAUUUUGAUUUCACCACCUUCAAAGCAUUGAAGAAAGUUAAACGUUGGAGAAUAAUUACCGGAGCAUACAGACCAACUCCAUUGAACCCGGUACCAUCAAAGUCUUUCGUUCACUUCUGUCAGGCGUUAUGUCUAGAGGCACUGACACGACCACAAAGGUCUAUCGAAAUCGUCCUUGGACUUGGAAGAGUUGAUUCUGUUAACCAAACCGAAGAUGCUCAAUAUAAAUUCUCCAAAGAACAGCUGAACCUUUUGUUACAACCAUUGAGGCUUUUGAAGGAUAUUAAAUUGGAGUUAAAUAUCGCAAAAUGGAAGACAAAUCUGCCAGUAUCAGCGCAGUUGUGUGGCGGCAGUAGUGAAUUUUACUUUCUUCACAAUGAAGGCGAGGCCACUCUCCAAAGAUUUAUCGAUUUAGCUCCACCUUUCGUUCAAAAAUAUCAAGCUCUAGCCGAGGAUCUUUCACCUGUUGAAAAGGUAUUUAUGAUGCAUAAGCGACUGGAGCAUUACGCAGAUUCAUUCGAAAGAUCCGAAAAAUUUAGUAAAGACAUGUGCACUUUGCAGAGAGGCCAUGAAAGUAGUAGGAGGGAAAAUCGUCAUUAUGGUUGGCAACUUCCUGGUCAUUCACUUGGCAACCCAUUCAAAGGUUACAGUCCUUCCUCGUAUCAUCCAGUGGAGCUUGCUUUUUCUAGUAAGUCAUUUUCAUUCUUCAAUGCCAAUUCUAAUUCUUCAAUAUCUCAUAUCAAAUUUGACAAUAAAAUGAUCUCUCGGGCGACAUUACAUGGAAACCACUAAUAAUUUUCUACCUUAUAGGAGCCAUCAUAGCCAAAGAUAAGGAGGAUGUCACUGAGUUCAAAGCUGCUAGAGCUUUGGUUUUGAAAGAGUUAGAACCUCAAUAUCGACGAAUGAUUGAUGCUUCUAAAAAGUUGAGAGCUUUUGUCGAAAAAGAAAAACGUUCAGGAGUUUUUCGAGAGUGUUUUGGUUGUGGAGUUUUUCAUCAAUAUGAAGAAGACCCAUUCAAUAGUACUCUUGGAACAGAUUUGGAUCGUUACAUCUAUGAACUUGAUAAGAUUGCUAAUUUGUUGAAGCGAGCUAUGCCAGAUCAUAUUCAAAUUAAAAUAGACAAAGGAACCACAAUGUAUGAUUCAGCAUACGUUCAUUUGUCUAGGGAAAAGCUCUUUCAAAAAUUACGAUGGAUGCAAAAACAAGAGGUAUUUGCGAAAGAUCCUUCACAAAUAUCAAAAUGGGCGAAACGACUUGUUGAAGAUUUGUGGAGUGAGUGUCAAUUUACCAGUUGGGCUAGGGAGUGCCUUUUCAAAGAUGAUAUCACCGAUAUUGGAUGCAAGAUCAAUCGAAAAUUAGGUCAGGGAUUGAUGGAUGAAGAGCUUGAGUGGAUUGACGGAUUUGGUAGUGAUGAUGAAGAUGAAUUUUAUGGACUUCAUGAACUUCAAGAAGAUUGAUGGUGGAUAUAGAGUUAAGAAUGGAUUGUACAAAAUGGAUUGUACAAAAUGGAUUGGGAAAGAUUUUUAAAGGGAAAGAGAUAGCUAUUGCAAGGUCUAAAUUUGGCGAGAUGGAAAUGAAAAUGGAAAUGUAGAUGGAAAUGGGUAAUCAUAAUAAUGUAUUUUUUUAAUAGCUCAGCUUAGAUAUGGCUUAAAUAUGGUUGUGAUGACUCAAUGAUAGUUUAAUUACUACUUGGU